AGUUAGCUCUGUCUAGGAUGAUUCAAGUAGUCGGAUGGGAGACCUACCUACAGUGGGGUGUGGACAAAACGCUCAAAUAGCACAGGUCAAACUGAUCAGUUGGGUCUCAAACAGGCAUUACACUAUGGGAUCGCUUUUAGAAAGUCUGUGGAUUUUGUUCACAUUGUUCACAGCAUCAGAAGUUUAUGGUUCCAAUAUCUGCACCUCCCGAGGAGUGAGCACCUGCCGGAAAUGUUUAGCUAUCAGCCCUAGCUGUGGUUGGUGCUCCCAAGAGAGGGAGUCCAGUGCUUCUCGCUGUGAUCUGAAGAAGAACCUGCUGGAUGGAGGUUGUAAAGGGGAGGCCCUGGAGUUCCCCACCAGCACCCUCACUAUCCAGCAGGACAAGCCCCUCAGUAACAAGGCGUCAGGGGCCGCUGAUGAUGUCACUCAGAUCAAACCGCAGAAAGUCCACCUCACUCUUAGACCAGAUGAUGCCAGGAGAUUCACUGUUUCGGUGAAGCAGGUGGAAGAUUACCCAGUAGACCUGUACUAUCUGAUGGACUUGUCUUAUUCCAUGAAGGAUGACUUGGCCCGUCUUCGUACCCUGGGUAAUGAUCUGGCUGAAGCAAUGGGCCGCACUACUAGCAAACUGCGCAUGGGCUUUGGAGCCUUUGUGGACAAGCCCCUGUCCCCCUACAUGUACAUUUACCCCGAGGAGGCGGUCCAAAAUCCCUGCUUAGGGCUCUCAUCCAGAACCAAGGUUGUGUGCAUGCCUCAGUUUGGCUUCCGCCACGUGCUGUCUCUGACGGAGCAAGUGGGGCGCUUUACUGAGGAGGUGGCCAAGCAGAGCAUUUCCCGAAACCGAGACGGUCCUGAGGGCGGCUUUGACGGCAUUCUCCAGGCUCUCGUGUGCAACGAAAAGAUAGGCUGGCGCGAGGAUGCCUCCCACCUGUUGGUGUUUACCACGGAUGCUGAGACGCACAUAGCUCUUGACGGACGGCUAGCAGGCCUGGUCCAGCCCAACGACGGGAAGUGCCACCUCGACAACGACAACAACUAUAACAUGAGCACUGUAAUGGACUACCCUUCGCUGGCUCUCAUGUCUGAGAAAAUGUCUCAGAAUAACAUCAACCUGAUCUUUGCUGUGACCAACAAUGUAUUGUCUCUCUACACGAACUUCAGCGAGCUUAUCCCAGGGACCACCGUCGGAGUAUUGAGUGACGACUCUGGCAAUGUGAUCAAGCUCAUUCUCAAUGCCUAUGAGAAGAUCCGCUCAAAGGUGGAACUGGAGCUGCUGGGCGUGCCAGAGGAACUAGCCCUCUCCUUCAACGCCACGUGUCUGAAAGGACAGGUCAACCUUGGCCUCAAGUCCUGCAGUGAUCUCAAGAUAGGAGACACGGUGACAUUUAGCAUCGAGGCUCAGUUAAGAGGCUGCCCAAAGGAGAAGACACGGACUUUCACGAUCAAGCCGAGGGGCUUCAAGGAUGCUCUGGAGGUGACGGUAGACUUUGCCUGUGGUUGCUCCUGUGAGAACCACGCUCAGGUGGACAGCCCCUACUGCAACCAAGGCAACGGCACCUAUGAGUGUGGGGUGUGCAAGUGUAACCCUGGGCAACUGGGUCCACGCUGUGAGUGUACAGAGGAGGAAUACAGCCCCUCGGACGACGACAGCUGCAGCCCCAAACCUGAGGAUGACAUCUGCAAUGGGAGGGGCGACUGUGUUUGUGGACAGUGCUCAUGUCACCGUACUGACUUUGGGAAAGUGUGGGGGAAAUACUGUGAGUGUGAUGACUUCAACUGCUUGCGAUUCAAAGGAAAGCUGUGCUCAGACCACGGCACGUGUGACUGUGGCUUCUGCAAGUGUAACUCGGACUGGAAAGGAGAGAACUGUAACUGCUCCACUCUCACCGACACCUGCAUGUCCGGCAUCGGUCUGCUGUGUAGCGGCCGGGGUCAGUGUGUGUGUGGGGCCUGUGAGUGCACUCAGCCGGGAGCCUAUGGUUCCACCUGCGAGAGGUGUCCUACCUGCCCUGAUGCCUGUACCAUCAAGAAGGAGUGUGUUGAGUGUAGACACUUCCAGAGGGGAAGUCUAUUUGAGGACAAGAGUUGCCCCAGAAUCUGCAGAGAUGAGAUUCAGCUUGUGGAUGAGCUGGUGUUCCACGAUAAUAAUAAUAAUAACGCAGUGAACUGCACGUAUAAGGAUGAAGAUGAUUGCCUUGAGCGAUUUCAAUACUAUGGGGAUGCCAGCGGAAAGUCCAUCCUGUUUGUAAUCAAGGAUCCAGAGUGCCCUCAAGGGCCUGACACUCUGGUGGUUCUUAUGUCUGUGAUGGGAGCUAUUCUGUUCCUCGGCCUGGCUGGUCUGCUUAUCUGGAAGCUGCUUGUUACCAUGCAUGACCGCAAAGAGUUUGCCAAGUUUGAGGAGGAGAGAGCCAAAGCCAAAUGGGAUACGGGCAACAAUCCAUUGUACAAAGGAGCUACGUCCACCUUUUCCAACGUGACAUAUCGUGGGAACUAAGGACCCCUGUACUGCCCAAUAUCACAAUGUGUAAAAACUCAGGGGUUUGAAAGAGAACUGCAAUUCAGUCACAAAACUACCAAUGUGUUAUCCGCACACUACAGUCAGAAUUCUAAUGCUGAUUUCAAAAGAAAUGCACGUACUAUGUAAAAUAUAUAUACAGAAAGAUAUUGAUGUGUAUAGCAAACAGGAAAAAGGUUUUAAAGUUGUGUUCCACUUCUAAUUAUUCACCAGUGUCAAUUCAGCAGAGUACAAUUUCAAGUACCAUUUCUCAUACUUUUAGUUAACCAAUGCUUUGUGUAAAUGGAGUAAUUCAGGCAUUGAGGGUUCCUGACACUGUGUUUUUAUAUACCCAAUAAAAUCAAAGACUCUGUUUUUAAA